AUGGUGGUUCAUUGGCACGAAGCUGUAGCCACUGGCACUGGCAAUGGAGGGCAGACCUCCCUGCUGCACUACUCGUUCAACCGGGAGAUCUCCCCCAUAGCCCGGGAGACCUCGCCAAUGUCGGACCAACGCUCCGAGGAGUCGUUUGAGGACUUUGUGAUGAGGAUGCCCACGCUCUCGCGAACAGAAGGCAUCCUACGAGUUGUUCCGCCAGCUUCAGUUCUCAAAAGAUUUGGAGAGGUGUUUGGCAACAAUGAGUCUUGGAAACAGGUCGCAUGGAAGGAUACCACCCACGAGUCGCCUAGGCCUCCUAUACUUCGACCGAUGUUGAGCUCCUCCAACAUCGAUCUGCAUGCAGAGGCAGACAAAGUUUUUCAAACCUCCAAGCCUGCAAGCCGAGUUGGCACCUUCAUUAGCCACGUUUGGGCCUCGCGACGCUGGCGCAAACACCUGGCCCUGUGCUACUGCUUGAACAUCAACGCUGCCGUGAUAUGUGCAACAACCACCUGGUUGUGCCUUAUCCUUUGGAGUAUUUGGCACUGGGGCAUUUUCGGAAUGGGUGGGAAGACCUUUCUGAUCCCUCUCUUUGUCUGGAUUCCCACGGCCGUCUUCUUCAUGACCAUCUUCUUCGGGCAUCUGCUGUUCGGCGCGCCGGAAGAUUGGUGGCUCGACAAGCUGUGCAUCCAUCAAAGCAGGGAGAAGUUGAAGGAACAAGGGGUGAAUGCACUUCCAGAAAUUGUGGCGACAGCAGACAAGAUGAUCAUUCUAUGGGACAAGCAGUACUUUGAAAGGCUUUGGUGUUGUGCCGAAGUGGCCAUCUUCUGCAGCACCAAGCGUGGUGCAUCUUGCGUUGAAUUUGCACCCUUGUGGCUAGCACCUUGGGUUCUGUCGACCAUCCUGACUCAGCUAUUGUGCAUUUCCAUCGCUGAGAGGCUCUUCAGUUUGAUUGGCUAUGUGGGUGCUUACCUGGCGACCGUGGAGAUAGUGCCGCCUGGCUUGGUUCCCUUGCUCGCGCAGUUCUGUGGUGUGGGCAUUGGCUUCUGGCUGGGCUCUCUUCCGGCGGUGCCUCUCAGCUACUAUGCCAUGAAUGCAAAGAUGCACAACUAUAGUACUACCCGGAAAGCUUUGCGGCACUUCGAUAUCCACGAGACGAAGUGCGCGGUGGAGUCAGACCGGGAGCAAGUCGAACGCCUCGUAACAAAGCUCUACAGGGACUAUGAUGAGCCAUUGCAUGCUUUUAACAGCUUCGUUCGAAAAGAUCUGUCUAAGUACGUUGAGCAGAAAGUCAUUGGAGAAAGUGUUUACCACAUCCGCUACAGGUUGUGCCUCUUGAUGUUUCUGCCCAUUGCAUUCUCAUCAGUGGCAAACGUCUUGGGUUGUGACGGGAUCGAGUGUAACGAAGCCGCAGUGGAGGAACUUGGUCCCGGCGCGAUUCCGCCUGUGCAGAUGGGAAACAACUGCUGUGCGUGGCUGGUAGGUUGUUUCCUCAUCUACCCGACGAGCUAUCCCGUGAUGCUCAAACUCAUGAUCUUGGCCGAGAAAACGGUUGGAAAGAAAGCUGGAAAAUGGACGUUGCUUUGUAUCAAAGUGCUGGCCAUCAUCGUUGCCUAUGCAUACAUGGGCUUUACAGAGGGCUUUGCUGCCGGUUUGCUGAAUUCCACGAACGCACGAAUUUGGCAUCUGGGCUUUGCAGCCAGUCUGCCUUGGGUCAUCGCGGUUUGUAUCUUUAUGGCCUUGCUGAUCGCGUGGAACGUGCACCUUUACCGGAGCGUUUGA